AAGACACACAAGCCGAGAUGAGUGGCGGCGUCCUCGACGGCCCCGACUACAAUGGCGUCAUCACGCUGCAGGACGGACGCCAUGUGAGCUACGCCCAGGUCGGCGAUGCCAAAGGCAUUCCUGUCGUCUGCCUCCUCGGCAUGCGCGGCCACCGGCACUUUAUCUACCUCUUUAAGGAGCUCGCGCUCCUCUACGGCAUCCGCCUCCUCUGCAUCGACCGCCCAGGCUACGGCCUCUCGGACCCGAUCGCCGACUCGAGCUUGCCAGCGCCGAUUGCCUUUGUCUACAUCCUCGAGCAAGUGCUCGCGCAGCUGCAGAUCGAGCGGUUCGGGCUCAUGGCGCAGUCGGCCGGCGCCAUCUACGCGUUGGCGAUCGCGAGCCAAAAGGCGCUCGCAUCACGCCUCAUCGAGCCGCUCACACUGCUCUCGCCAUGGGUCGGUAUCACGAAUCGGUCGUGUCCGCGGUUACUCAAGAUGGCGUCGUACUGCCCGACGCGGCUCAUUGCCGCCGGCAUGAAGCUUGUGAAUGCGUCGGUCGACUUGAGCAUGGCGUAUGUCGAUCCCAACCAGUCGGUGCGAACGCUCGGUCACGGCCUCUUGCUCGCCGACGACAGCGGACACGAGACGAACACCGAGGUACCGCUGAGCCUCUCGCCGCGGCUCCGGUUUGGUGAUUUUCGCGCGCGCAUGGACGCCGAGCCCCACAAUGCGUACCACGACGCGCUUUUGUGUCUCGGGAAGGACCGCAACGGCUGUGGGUUUGAGCUCUCAGACGUUACUGUUCGCGUCCACGUGGUGCACGGCGAAAAGGACACGCUUGUCCCAAGGAAAGCCGCGAUCGAGUUCGUCGCCGCCGUCCCGAAUGCCACGCUCGACUUGGUCCCCCACGCGACGCACGCGCUUUUGAUUUUUCAAGAAGAAGUCAUCGCCGACAUUUUUGCCUCAUUUACGCCCUAAUCGUCAUUGGUGUGGUUUAAUUAAUUCCUUGAAAAGACAUUGUGUUGUUGUUG